AUGGAGAAUGAUGAAUCAAUAUUGAUUAAGUCUUCAUCUUCACGUAGAUUAGAUUUUACUACCAUUAUGGAAAAUGAUGUUCAAUCCGAUAAUCAACACAUCUCUUCCGAAGACAAACCUAAAAUUGGAGUGGAGUUUGACAAUGAAGAAGACGCUUAUCAGUUUUAUUUAGCUUAUGCUAAGAAAACAGGUUUUGGCAUGAAAAGACACAAAAUGCAAAGAAAUCGAGCAGGAAAGAUUAAAGUUAGAAUGUUUUCUUUCAGUGUCGAAGGUGUAAGGGGGGAGGAUAAACGAAAUAUCAAUGUCAGAGCUCCACGAGCAAUAACAAGAUUCGGGUGCAAAGCAAUGAUGAGAUUUCAAUUGAAAGAUAAUGAAAAAUACGAAGUAUUUGAGUUUAUAGCUGAACACACUCAUCAGCUCACCAGCCCUCAGAAGACUCAUUUUUUUCGGUCGCAUAGGAAAAUAGAUGAUGUUCAUACAGCCCAGAUUGAUUAG